AUGCUCCAAGAUCUGCUGACCGGUCCAAGAACCGAGUUGAUCAGCCACCAUGGCCCAGUCCGGUUGACACCGUCGAUGCUCCCUGAGGCGUCCAAUUUCGACGCCAAAGACUCCUCAUUUUUCAAUAACUGGAGCGAGUUACCUUCCCCAAGUCAAGUCCGGGAAAUGGCCAAAGCACAGUGGGCCUCAGGAACCAGUCUAGACAAGCGCAAGUCCAUUUUAUACGGCGGGCGCCAUAUGAGACCACCGCCCGCGUUGUUCGAGGAUAUGGGCCUGGUUGUCAAAUGGGGGGUUGAGGUGGCACUGGCGGAAGCUCGGUCUGCCUAUGCUGUUCACCGUUUGAUGAAAGGUCGCGUACCAGUUCCUGAGGUAUACGGAUGGCGCAUAGACGGGGAGGAGAAAUUUAUUUAUAUGCAAUAUGUGCGGGGACAACCCCUAGAGAAAGCCUGGGACUCGCUCGAACGCCUCGAACGCGAGACAAUCUGCCAUCAGCUCCGGACAGCAAUCGACAAUCUUCGCCAGCUUGAACAAGACCCUUCAGACAGGUUCAUAGGGAGCAUUAUGCGAUCGCCUUUUUACGACAGAAUAUGGCCAGCUAACUUUCGACCGGAGGCCGGACCUUUCACCUCAGUACAUGAAUUCCAUGAGUGGUUUACAUUCCUUGGUCGUCGACCAAUGGCCGAUCCUUACUCUGUUCCAAUUGAACACUUCCGUUAUGGGCUACCAGAUAAUAGCUCGAUCAGGUUCACUCACGGCGACCUCCAUCGCAGCAACGUUGUUAUAUCACCUUCUCAACCAUAUCGUGUCCUUGCCAUCGUUGACUGGGAGCAGUCCGGCUGGUUACCUGAGUACUGGGAGGCUCGCAAAGCACAGUUCACCGUUGACAGUCAAGAGUGGUCGGAGGAGUAUCUGCCAAUGAUCCUAGAUCAAUACGAAAGCACGGCUGAACCGUGGGAAUGGUAUAUGUCAGCUCUGGGUUGUUGA